AUGGCUGAAAAGACGAAAUCUAGAGGUCCUCUCGGGAGAGUCGUCGUCAUUGGCGGCAAUGGCUUUCUAGGCCAUCACAUUGUCAACCAGGCCCUUGAGCAAUGGACAACCACUGCCACUAUCGGCGUCGACCUACGAUGCGAGCGCAAUCGCAAUCCCAACGCCGAGUACCGAGAAUGCGACAUCACCGACCCCGAGAGGCUUCUAUCUCUAUUCGAGGAGCUCAAACCCGACGUUGUCAUCCACACAGCCUCUCCUGUUGCUGUCAACCCCAAUAUCGGUCAUGAUGUGUUCAAGAAGGUCAACGUCGAUGGUACACAGGCUGUUGUCGACGCCUGCCAAAAGACGGGUGUCAAGGUUCUUGUGUACACAAGCUCUGCCAGUGUCAUCAGCGACAACGUCACUGAUCUGCUCAACGCUGACGAGAGGUGGCCUUUGAUUCGCGGGGAGGCGCAGACUGAGUAUUAUUCAGAGACCAAGGCACAAGCAGAAGAGAUCGUUCUCAAAGCCAACCGCCAGGAGGGCUGCAAGCUUCUCACGACUUCCAUCCGUCCCGCCGGUAUCUUUGGCGAAGGCGACGUCCAGACUCUCGCAGGCAUUCUCAACGCCUACAAGCGCGGCAAGCACACAAUUCAAGUCGGCGCCAACGAGAACCUCUUCGACUUCACCUAUGUCGGCAACGUCGCCCAUGCCCACCUCCUCGCUGCACAGCUCCUCCUCGCCACCGCUGCCUCUCCCACCAUCCCCCUUGAUCAUGAGCGGGUCGACGGCGAGGCUUUCUUCAUCACAAACGACACACCCGUUUACUUCUGGGACUUUGCCCGUGCCAUCUGGCGUGCCGCCGGCUAUGAUAAGGGUACAGAAGGCAAUUGGGGUCUCAACCGCGAGGUCGGCAUCGCCAUCGGCUAUGUCAGUGAGGUUCUCGCCAACAUUCUCGGAAAGACCCCCACACUCACUCGCAAGUCUAUCAUCAUGAGCUGCAUGACCCGCUACUACAACAUCAACAAGGCCAAGCGUGCUCUGCGCUACCAGCCUGUCUGGUCCUUGAAGGAGGGCAUCGAUCGUGGCGUGAACUGGUUCCUCGAGCAGGACAAGGCGGCUGCUGCCGCUGCCGCUCCCAAGGCGUAA